AUAAAAUUUAAAAUGUGAUUUAAUGGAACUAAAUGAGUUUAAAAAAUCAUUACCAUGAAUUGACAGUUGACUGGAUCAUCAAUGAUUUCCAUUACAUCUUCUUCAGGUUCUGGAUCUUCUGGUUCUUGCUUAAUUAUAACAUCCUGAUCUACAAGCAAGGUGUUAUCUUUGGCAUUAUUUUGCCAUUCCUUCAAUGUAGCUUGAGAUACAUCACAAAUUUGUUUAAAUUCAUGCCAAGAAUUGACAUGAUACAGGCAUUUAUCACAUAUGACCUUUGGCAAUCCAUCACUCUCUGACACCUCCACGGAGACGCACGCCAUAAUCCUGAAGGACAGAGGAAUUUGAGAUUCCGAUGACGAAUCUUCUUCACCAAAUAUUGGCGAAGUGAUUUCGUCUUCAGCCAAACACAAACGACACACUUCUCCCAUGUUGCUUGGUUUUCGGCGUGGGCCAUUCAUUUCCGACGAAAUAAUGCCACACUGCCGUAAGUAAUUCACUAUUGCUCAACACUGAUCAUCUUCAUGGUCGUAACAGUACAACAUGAAGCCGCAUGAGUUUAGUCUUCCAUUUUCACACAAUACGGUUAUCGAAGUUGUAUUUCCCAAGCGUAACGAUCGCAUAUGAAUCAAAGAAUUGAGUUCACCUCCGAAAACAAUGUCUACAAUCUUCACUAUCAACCAAUAACCACAAAUUCCACCUUUUUCGCGAUGAUCGCAAGGCCCAAACUUCGACACCAAAGAGCAGAGUACGAACGGGAGGAACACCAAGACGCCACACCGACCACACCAACGUCGUCCAGACUUCGAUAGUCAGAGACGAAUCAAAUGCAAGAGCUCCAUUGCGGACACGAUUGGCUCUGCAGGAAGUUGAUCUCCUUGGACAUGGCAGUUCAUUUGUUCGUGACGUAAAGUACAGGGGCAGAGCAGGGCAGGAGACAGUCAUCGGCGUCGAUUUGAGUAGUUUGAGAAUGUACGUGUGGGCUGAUGUUGUAUUUAUUGCAUCGUAAUUCAUGGCAGGGUUAGGGACUAUUGAAGCCCUAACUUGCGAGGCAUUGCAAUGAUAUAAAUAAAUGAAAUAUAUACAAACAGAGAGAUCGAUUUGUAACUUACAUUUCUCUAGCUCAGUGACAAAACUUGUUAGUGGUAAAUGUGAUAUAUUCUUGCUACAUAAUAUAAAUGGGAAAACGUAACCGGUGAAAGGAACCUACAAUGUUCGUAAUAGGGACCAGUUUGGUUUAAAGUAUUAAUGUAUUCUUGGUUGAGGUUGUUUCGCAAUAAACAAAUGUACAGUUGUACGAGUAUUAUCCAAAGAAUUUGGUACCUAGGCUGCUAGAAUGGACUAUGAAUAUGCUUUAUUUAGAAAAGAAAUUGAUACUCAGAAUAAAUGUUGUGGAGGAUGGGUAUGGUGCAUCAAAGUGUAUUAGAAAGAUGGAUCAUCAUUGCCCAUGGGUGAACAAUUGUGUUGGGGAAAAUAAUCAAAAGUACUUCGUUCUUUUCACGUUCUACAUUGCAGCCAUAUCUAUUCAUUCACUCAUUCUCUCAGUCAAUCAGUUCAUUGCGUGUGUGAGAAAUGAAUGGAAAGAAUGUUCUACAUUUUCACCACCUGCUACUGUAGUGCUUUUGCUGUUCUUGGUUUUUGAAGCCAUGUUGUUUGCAACAUUUACUGCAGUAAUGCUUGGAACUCAAUUACAAGCUAUCUGGAAUGAUGAGACGGGUAUUGAACAAUUGAAAAAAGAAGAAGCUCGUUGGGUUAAAAAGUCUCGGUGGAAGAGCAUACAAGCAGUAUUUGGCCGAUUUUCAUUGGCUUGGUUUUCGCCAUUUACUAGACCACCUUCAAAGACAAAACUGGAGAGUUACUUAUAUUCUGUGUGAUGGGAAUCUAGUUGAAACAAAGUUUGUAUGAAUUUAAAAGCUUUUAAUGUAAAAUAUUGAUGUGCUGUUACUAAAUAAUGUAUUUCCUUUUUAAUAAAGUAAGUGUUUUGUUAAGAGAGAUUCACUUCAUAUAUUUUUUAAAGUGUAUUUGUAAUGAAGUUUAAUUUCACCUCAGUCAUUAUUUUGUAGUUUAUUUUAUAUUGGUUCAGUUGUUAAACACUGAAGACUAAGACAAUCCUAGUAGCUUUCUACUUUAAUUGACUAUUGGUCCUCUUGGUUAUGUAAUUUUAGUCCAAUAAAUUAUAUGAAUUUUAAUUUAAAAUGUGCUUUACUAUGGCUAUGUCUUUUUGACAACAGUGCAAUGUAAUAGACUUGCGUAAGGAAAGGAUUUUCUAUGAAUGACUGCAGUAUGUACAGUGAUAUUUCCAAGAUAAAUAAACAUUGAAGUGUUUUGAUGAAAUUAAUUUUUCAUUUUUUAUAAAAUGUUUGUAACAAACUACCUUGCUUGCUAGCAUUUGUAAAAUAAAAUUAAAUUAUAGGAAAUAUACCAAUAAUUGUGAAUUGGUUAAAAGUGUGCUUAUCAACUUUCCAAAAAAAAAAAAAAUUAAUAAAGAGAUCUAGCUUACAAAACUGUAAAACUUUCCUGCAUUUUCUUUAGAUGAAGAGA